GCGACCUCCGCGCUGAUUGGUUGAUCUGUGUUUCGCCGUUUCGUUCAGAUUGCACUUUCCAAGCAUGAGUGCGUACACUGUGAUCGGUGGCGGGCCGGUCGGCUGCGCGGCCGCCCUCCAGCUCGCCCAGCGUGGGCACAGCGUGACCAUCUACGAAGGUCGCGACAGCAUCCCGACGGACCCAGAGCAGAGCUACCCCAUUGGCGUCAACCCGCGCGGCUUGCACGCGAUCGCGAGCGUCGCGCCGGCGGUCGCCGAGCGCGUCAGGACCGAAGGCCGCGUCAUUGAUGCCUGGCAGAUCUACGCUGGCGCGCGUUGCGUCGCCAAGCAGCUCUCGGGCGUCGUGUACGGCACGUCGCGCGGCAACGUCAACUUGCAUCUGAUGAACGCCGCGCUGGCGCACGAGCGGAUCACGGUGCACAUGAACCACAAGCUGCGCCACAUGGACGUGGGUACCAAGCGCCUCGAGUUUGAGGUGCGUGACAUUGGCAUCGUCACGAUUGACGCCUCGUCGGCGCGUAUUGUGGCAGCUGACGGCGUCAACUCCAAAGUGCGCGCGGCGCUGGUCGCGGCCGACCCGUCGUUUGGGGUCACGAUCACGCCGUGGGCGAACGAGUACCGCGUUCUCUUUGGCGCGGUGGGCAAAAUGACAGACGCGCUUGAUCCUGCCGUCCACUACAUCUUUAGCGGCGGCUACACGGCGACGAUCGACAACAGCGGGCAACAGCAGUGGAGCCUCGUGACGUGUGUGCGCGACACGGACGCUGCCACGAGUCCGUCGCAGCUCGUGCUCUCCCAGGACGCGUCGCCCGAGAACAUUGCGCGUCUCAAAGCGUGGGUCCAGUCGUUUGCGCCGGCGUUUCUUCCGCUGGUGCCCGAGGACGAAUUCACCAAGUACUUUGAGCGGCGCACAUACCGUGGCGCGGUCGUCGCGUGCGAGAAUCUCCAGCGCAACGAGUGGGUCGUUUUACUCGGCGACGCUGCGCACUCGGUCUUGCCUCCGACGGGCGAGGGCAUCAACAGCGGCCUCGAAGAUACGCUCGUGCUCGGUGCCUGCGUCGAGGCCAGCCCGUCGGCACCGUUCGCGCUCUACGAGACCCGCCGCCUGCCCGACGUCCGCGCACUACUCGCAUAUGCAACCCACCUCAACACGGCGCCGUCGUGGGCUGGCGAGCGCGUCGCACGCGGCAUCUUCUUGGUGCUCGAGGCAUCUACGUCGCGCAGCAUCGGCAAAUGUCUCUUUGGUCCGUUUGGCGUGGAGCGGGCGCCGUACCGGGACAUUGUCGGCACGUGGCAGUGGAAGCGGCUGGUGCUACUCAACGUCGCGCGCCUCUUGAGCUACCCGAUUGCGGCUGUCAUCUCGGCGUUAUUGGUGGUGCCGCGGCUCGUGCGCGGGCAACUUUUUGUGACACGAAGACCCGAGGCCGCCAAGCCGUUGCAGUCAAUCGUGUAG